CCCCGACUCGCCUUCCCGUUGCAUUUCGCGUCGGAUCAACGAGCAUCCAUCCAACCGCGCUUCCGAUUUUCCACCGAGCACGCACGCGAGGGGAGGAAACCGCGGGGCGUGGCGCGGUGCGGGCUGUGUCAAUGAGCGGGGGGCGGGAGGAGGAGGAUGAGGAGGAGGAGGCGGAGUACGGGCCGAGGUACGUGAGGAUGCCGCAGGAGCCGGAGGGCGACGCCGCGGCGGCGGUGGCGUCUUUCCGGCUGCCGGAGUCGGCGCGGGCGUUCGACGAGCUGCCGCGGGCGAGGAUCGUCGGGGUGUCGCGCCCCGACGCCGGGGACAUCACGCCCAUGCUGCUCUCCUACACCAUCGAGGUCCAGUACAAGCAGUUUAGGUGGCUUCUAUAUAAGAAGGCAUCACAGGUUCUAUAUCUACAUUUCGCGUUGAAAAGGCGUGCAUUUCUUGAGGAAUUCCAUGAGAAACAGGAACAGGUCAAGGAGUGGCUUCAAAAUUUGGGAAUCGGGGAGCAUAUGCCAGUUGUGCAUGAUGAUGAUGAAGCGGAUGAUGUGCAUUUUCCUUCACAGCAUGAUGAACACUCUGUCAAAAAUAGAAAUGUCCCCUCAAGUGCUGUUUUGCCUGUCAUCCGUCCAGCUCUUGGUCGUCAGCAAUCUGUUUCUGAUCGUGCAAAGGUUGCCAUGCAAGAAUACUUGAACCAUUUCUUGGGAAACUUGGAAAUUGUCAACUCAAGAGAGGUUUGUAAAUUUUUGGAAGUCUCUCUGUUAUCAUUUCUACCAGAAUAUGGGCCAAAGCUAAAGGAAGAUUAUGUUACAGUUGGACACUUACCAAAAAUUGACAAUGAUAGUAAAGACAGAUGCUGUUUGUGUGGAUGUUUUAGUUUCUGCAACAGUAACUGGCAGAAGGUUUGGGCUGUACUGAAGCCAGGAUUUUUAGCUUUGCUCCAAGAUCCAUUUGAUCCAAAGCUUUUGGAUAUAGUUAUCUUUGAUGUAUCACCUCACAUGGAUAGAAAUGGAGAAUGCCAGAUUGCUCUAGCAAGAGAGAUCAAGGAACGUAAUCCAUUACACUUUGCAUUUGAGGUGUCUUCUGGGGGGCGGACAAUAAAUUUGAGAACAAGAAGUUCUGCUAAAGCAAAAGAUUGGGUAUCUGCAAUAAAUACCGCUCGACGACCCCCAGAGGGCUGGUCUCACCCACACCGUUUUGGUUCAUUUGCACCACCUAGGGGUUUGACUGAAGAUGGUAGUGUUGUACAAUGGUUUAUUGAUGGUCAAUCUGCGUUUAAUGCUAUUGCUUCUUCAAUUGAGGAAGCCAAAUCAGAGAUAUUUAUCACUGACUGGUGGCUGUGCCCAGAAUUGUAUCUACGGCGUCCUUUCCACCAUCAUGAAUCCUCUAGACUUGAUAUUCUUCUAGAAUCAAGGGCAAAGCAAGGUGUACAGAUCUACAUUCUUUUGUACAAGGAAGUUUCUCUUGCAUUGAAAAUUAACAGCAUGUACAGUAAGCGGAGGCUUUUAAACAUUCAUGAGAAUGUUAAAGUUCUGCGAUACCCUGACCAUUUCUCAACUGGGAUAUACUUAUGGUCACAUCAUGAGAAAAUUGUUAUUGUUGAUAAUCAAGUAUGCUAUAUUGGAGGUCUUGAUUUAUGCUUUGGCCGUUAUGAUACUCCUGAGCAUAUAGUUGUGGAUGUUCCUCCGUCAAUAUGGCCAGGAAAGGAUUAUUACAAUCCUAGGGAAUCUGAGCCAAAUUCUUGGGAGGACACAAUGAAAGAUGAGCUUGAUCGUACUAAAUAUCCACGCAUGCCCUGGCAUGAUGUUCAAUGUGCUCUUUAUGGUCCUGCAUGUCGAGAUGUAGCAAGGCAUUUUGUUCAGCGCUGGAACUAUGCAAAGAGGAAUAAAGCACCAAAUGAGCAAGCAAUUCCCUUAUUGAUGCCUCAACAUCACAUGGUGAUUCCCCAUUACAUGGGUAAAAUAAAAGAAACACACGAGGAAGAGAGUAAACAGACUCAUGAUGAGGAUAUUAAAGUUCAGAGGUUAAGCUCCUUGAAAACACCAGCAUCGUGCCAGGACAUUCCACUGCUUUUGCCUCAAGAGCCUGAUCACCAGGCAUUACAUAAUGGGGAUUUAGGUCUGAAUGGUUUAGAUAAUAAUCAUGAUCGUUCAGAUCACCAAAAUAAAUCCCACUGGAAACCACCAAUUCCCAACAGGAGGGCCAAGCAAGAUACUUCUCUUCAGGAUUUACAGAUGAAAGGUUUUGUGGACAAUCUUGGUUCCCCUGAUGUUUCAGUGAUUGGACAUUAUGACACCUCAAAACCAAAUAUGCGUCACAUGGAUAUGGAAUGGUGGGAGACACAGGAGAGAGGAGACCAGGUCGCUUCGGUGCUUGAUAUUGGAGAAGUUGGUCCCCGAGCAACUUGUUGUUGUCAGGUUGUUCGAAGUGUUGGUCCAUGGUCAGCAGGAACAACUCAAAUUGAAGGGAGCAUCCACAACGCCUAUUUUUCUCUCAUUGAAAAAGCAGAACAUUUUGUGUACAUUGAGAAUCAGUUUUUCAUAUCUGGUCUUUCAGGAGAUGACACAAUAAAAAACCGUGUGUUAGAAGCAUUAUACAGGCGUAUACUUAGAGCAGAAAAGGAGAAAAGGUGCUUCCGGGUUAUAAUUGUCAUACCCCUUUUACCUGGAUUUCAGGGAGGCAUGGAUGAUGGUGGAGCUGCAUCUGUUAGAGCAAUUAUGCAUUGGCAAUACCGAACCAUUUGCAGAGGGCCUAAUUCAAUACUUCAGAAUCUGUAUGAUGUGGUUGGUUCGAAAGCCCAUGACUAUAUUUCUUUCUAUGGGCUCAGGGCACAUGGCAGACUAGGUGAUGGUGGUCCUUUGGUUACCAAUCAGAUAUAUGUGCAUAGUAAGUUGAUGAUCAUUGAUGACCGGAUGACACUGAUAGGAUCAGCUAACAUAAAUGACAGAAGCUUGCUUGGAUCAAGGGAUUCUGAGAUUGGUAUGAUUAUUGAAGAUAAAGAGGUUGUCAGUUCAACAAUGAAUGGAAGACAUUGGGAAGCUGGGAAGUUCUCACUCAGCCUACGACUUUCUCUAUGGGCAGAACACCUUGGCCUUCAUCCAGGAGAGGUUAGUCAAAUUAUGGACCCUGUGGACGAUUUGACUUAUAAAAACAUCUGGAUGGGCACUGCUAAGGAGAAUACCAUGAUAUACCAAAAUGUCUUCUCAUGUGUUCCUAAUGAUCACAUCCAUUCUAGGCCCCAAUUUAGGCAAGGCUUUGCCCAUCGGAAGGAGAAAAUCGACCACACAACCAUUGACUUGGGUGUUGCUGUAGAGACAACAGAAACUCACAAGGAUGGGGACCUCGCUGGCACCGAUCCUAUGGAAAAAUUACAGGCCGUGAGGGGUCACCUCGUUUCCUUCCCUCUGGAGUUCAUGUGCCAAGAGGACUUGAGACCAUUCUUUGGCGAAAGCGAAUUUUAUACAUCCCCGCAAGUUUUCCAUUAACUUCUCUGAUCUUUUCCUCUUUUUUUUUUUAGGGUGAAUCAGCUUCAGAUCUAGUACAAAGUUUCCUAUAGGGCCUUUUUUAGGCUGUACAUUACAGUUUUUUUUUUUUACAAUUGUAGAUGUAUAUAGGCACAUAUAUCUUGUGAAAAUAGUUAAGAGAAGAAAAGCAAACAGAAAGGAGAGAGACAUUUCGGUGUAAAGUGUUGAAUCGCCCAUCACCGAGAGAACAAAACAAUAAUUUCUUGCGAAAGGAAUGUUACCGUUCGCUUCAUUCUUUUUCGCACUGCAAUUGUACGAGAGGCUGUUUGCGUUGAAACUGUUAUCUUCACUUUGUAACAGCACCAUUAUCAAUAAUGAUGUUUUUAUGAAUGGACGCUGGUGAGUAU